ACAGAGAGUGUGUGUUACUGUAUAAGUAACGCCCAUGAACACACCAACGAGCCAGCAUGUGUGUGUAAAGAGGAAUGGUGAGGAGGGAGUUUCUGUUAAACAUGAGAGGUUAGAUGAAGACUUCUGGAGAUCCAUCCCAGCUGCUCUGAGGACACAAGAAGCAGAAGCUCCGCUCAGAUAAACUCCAUUAUCAAGUCGAGUUUGGCGGCAAAAAGAAUACUUUGUUACAUUUGUCUUUUGUUUGAACGCCCGGCACGAGAGGGAAACCAGGAAAUAACGCGCGGCUGGCAUCUGGAAAUUGAACAAAAAUGAAGAUGUAUGCUCCGUCUGAGUCGCUGGCGUACAGGAGGCGCUGGUGGAUGGCCGUCACAGCCGUGUUGGAGAAUCUGUCGUGUUCAGCCGUGCUGUUGGGCUGGGGCUCUCUGCUCAUCAUGCUCAAAGGACAAGGCUUUUACUCCCACCUGUGCGAAGAAAAUAAGACUGAGAGUGUGAAUGUAAGCGCACCAGAUGAUUGGCCCAGUUGUGUGGAACAGGAAGAAAUGCUGAACUUGGGCUUCACCAUUGGCUCAUUUCUGCUCAGCGCCGCCACAUUGCCUUUGGGUAUAUUGAUGGACCGGUUUGGCCCCAGGCCUCUGCGCCUCGGUGGAAGUGCGUGUUUUGCGCUCUCUUGUGGGAUGAUGUCCAUAUCAGCCUAUCAUCCAGAAGUCCUCUCUGCACUCAUUUUUCUGGCUCUUUCACUCAACGGCUUCGGAGGGAUCUGUCUGACCUUCACAUCUCUCACGCUGCCAAACAUGUUUGGAAGUCUGAGCUCUACUGUUAUGUCUCUGAUGAUUGGCUCCUAUGCUUCAUCGGCCGUCACCUUCCCCGGAGUCAAGCUGAUAUAUGAUGCCGGGGUCUCGUUUACUGUUAUCAUGUGGAUGUGGGCUGGUCUGGCAGCUCUGGUCUUUCUCAACUGUUUCCUGAACUGGCCAGAAAAAGGCUUUGCUACACCGGAAGAGAUUGAAAAUAGGAAAAAGAUGCGUUCAGAAGAAAACCACAAGUCUUCUGUUGAAGAA